CAUUCCAUUGUUUUUGCUGCAGCGCUGCGUUGUUUGCAAGCUCUUCCGCCGUCUCUGUCUCGUGUUAACUCAUGGGAGAGAGAGAGAGAGAUUCAGUUUGGUGCCUUUAGUGUCUCUUCUUCUCUAGUCUUCUCUUUCCUCGGCUUCUUCUGGUUUUUUUCCGCUCUGAAUUCUACUGUGUGAAUCGUCGUAGCCAUUUUCUGAGCAGUGUUGAGUUUUCGUGAUACUAGCUAGUUGUAAGCAGCAUAGUGUUAUCUCUCAUGUUAUAGAUUGAGAGUUUCUCGAUCUUCGGUGAGAUCGUUGCUGUUUAUUGUUUAUUAAUUAAUUUAAUCUAACUUAAUUUAUAUCAAAAGCGCAAAAAAUAUAUAUUUAUCGUUUUUGUAAGCGUGAUACUCUGCGAGUUACGAUCAUGUCGACGCAUUCGCGCUCUCCUGGAUGGAGAUUCCAUCCUACUGAUGCUGAAAUUAUGGGUUUAUAUUUGAAGAAGCAAAUAAGAGGAGAGAGUAUCCAGGAUAACCCAAUUGUAGUAGUGGACCUGUACAGUGUAGAGCCAUGGGAUUUGCCUGUGGAGCCUGGGGGUUCUGAUCAGGAGCGGUAUUUUUACAUUGCGCGACACAAGAAGUCUCCGAAAGGAUGCCGUACCAAUCGAGCCACGGAGCGUGGGUACUGGAAGUCGACGGGAAAGGAUAGGUUCGUUCAGUCUCAGUAUUCAAGAGGCAUGAAGAAAACUCUUGUGUAUUACAUCGGUCGAGCUCCCAAUGGACAACGUACCGACUGGGUCAUGCAUGAGUAUCGAAUGGCGGAUGAAGUUUAUGAAAAUCUGAGAGGAGAGCAGGUGCCUUACGUUCUUGUUCGUGUCUUCAAGAAGAAUGGUCCUGGACCGAACAACGGAGCCCGAUAUGGGGGGCCAUUCAUUGAGGAGCCCUGGACCCCUCCUCAGGAUUCGGCCAAGCCAUCCUCUGGUGUUUUGGAGGAGGCGCAGUUUGAGGAGCCUGGAGAACUACCCGGUGAAUGUCCAGAUGUCCGAGGUAACAUGAGUGACUUUUUAGAUGAGGAGUCUGUCACCCCGCGAUGCGCAAGCACUGGGGAUAUACAAUCUAUCUUUCAUGAAAUGCCUGGUGUGGGCGAUGUUGGUGGUGAAGAUGAUGGCAUCACCGUGGAGGAUGUUUUUGGUACUGAACAAUCCAGGGUUGCCACUGUGAAUGAAAAUUGGCGAGAGGAAGUCAUCAACAGUGAUGUUAUGAUCGACAACAAUGUCAUGGCAUCUCUCAUCGAUCUCGAAUUUGAUGACGACGAUAUUGAUCUUGAGAGUGGCUUAAUCUCUCCUCAUGUUGGUUCGGUGGGAGACAUAAGUAUUGAUGACUAUUUGGAGAUGGAUGAUUUAAUUGUGCCCAAUGAAGAAAGUAUUGUUCCCGAAAGCUCUCAAAUCCAAUUACUCCCUCGCAGUACUUCCACGACGGUACAAUUAAAUCCUCAGGGGGACAUUUCCCGAAGAAUACGGUUGGCACGGCGUCAGGCAUCCUACAGCCAGUCUGUGGAUUUAUCUGAUCCUGCACCCUCAGCUCCAGAACUUCCGUCUAGGAGCUUUCACCGGAGUUCAUCAUCUUCAGCUUUUGCCGAGUUUUUCGCUGAGGAUGCAACACCCAUCCUGGACCAACACGGUCCUUCACAAGAGCUUUUCAUUGAUAGCGGGUUGGUCGAUUAUGGUGCUCUACCAGAUCCAGUUGAAGAUUACUGGUCAAAUGCUGCAGGUGUGCAGCUCUGGGUAAGUAAUGCAGACCAGCUGCAAAGUAUUGCUCAGGGUGCCCAAUCACAAUCGGACGAGCCGCCCACUAUAGAUUCUCGUGCCCAUGAUUUGGUGGCACCAGAACUUACUCCUGCAGCGUCUCCACAAGCUGAAUACAGUCUAGAGAGAUUAUCUUGGAGAUCAUAUUUGUUACCUUCAGGAAUAACUACUCCUAUGCGAAUACGUCCAGCCUCAGCUAGAAGCACCUCUGAGCCAAUUAUUGGAGCGUUAAAAUUUCCCUGUCUGAAGCUGCGAGAGUUUUCAUGUGUGGAGGUUGCGGCGAUGGACUGUGUCGAAGGGAAGUUGCACCAAGGGGUUCUAUCAGGAAUUAUGAAGCCUUGCAUCGAUGGUAAUGAGCAACAAGGCUGGGUUCAGUGCUCAAAAAGACAUCCUCAAAGACAAGUAGUAAAGGGGUCUCGGAGUGGCUUUGUAUUUGCUUGCAUGUUGGGAGUCGUCUCAUCAUUAAUCUGGUUCUUUUUGAUGCAAGGCUCAUGGCGGAUCGUAAAGCUUGUAUUCAGUGUAAUUUUGUAAAUUUAUUUCACAUCCAGGUCAUAGAUAGGACUUGGAGACAAUCUCUUGUACAUUUUGCACUCUUGUCCAAGUCAUUACAUGGCUCAGAUGACAUAAUUCUGAAGCCAAGAUUAGUUUAGUGAGUUUUCAUUUUUAACGGAAUCCGGUAUUUGGGUGACGAGACACACACAUUUGAGAGAAAAGCCUAGGCAAAAGCCCGUAAUUUUCCAGUGAGUAUCCGGCUCCGUAAUAUACAUCGUCCACGAUCAUUGUACGCCUUGAUCAAUGUGGAAUUCAAUCACCUUUUCUGUGCA